UGUCUCAACGAGUGUGUAACAGCUCGCUGCCAAUCUCGUGCUCUUUGGCCCGUCCACUGCUGCAAUACUAGUCCGUUGCCUCUUCGUCAUGUCAGAAACGCUCUCACUGAGGACACUAUCAAACUUGUUCGCAGACGUGUCAGCCAAUGGGGACACCCUAACGGUGAGCUCUACUGUGCUAGAAGUUCAUGUCUCACUCCUCUCCCUCGAUCACAAGGACCUAGAGCUCUCUGUCCCGAGUGUGAGUGUCACACCUGUAGAAGCUGCCGCAACUUCACCCACAUCGGCUCAUGCACACCAAAU